AUGCCACCAUCAACCACAUUGUCCCCGACACCAUCGUUUCAUAGCAUGGAUGAAUACCUUCGGCCAUCUACCACUACGCUCUGUGAUCAAGAUAAAAAUGUGCUACCACCAAGCGCUCGUGAAUGUCUUGUCGACUUAAUACAACAAGUUGAGCAUGACAAUUUGCGGCAGGUCCUAAAAAUUGAGCUCAAUCGAUUAUUGACGGACCAUGAACGUAUCGUGACAAUGCUACAACAACGAACACACAUGCUUGAGCAAGAUAAUGAGCAGCUGCGAGGGCUUAACAGCGAGCAUCAACGGCGAUAUGAGAAAGCAGUGCGUGAGAUGCAAUUCUUUAAAAAGAAAGCCGACUACCUUAGUAAACAGCAGCAAUCACCCAGCAUUGCUCAUUCAAGUAGCAACACAAGCAACUCAACAGCAUCAAGGACGAGAAGUCAUUCAAGUGCAUCAGAAACACGUAGUGAAAUUUCAGCUAUUUCAUCAAGUGCACCACUUCCACCACCACAUGCAGCACCACCUCUUCCUCCUCCUCCACCUCCGCAGCAACAACCUUUACCACCAACACCAGCGUCCACAUCUACUUCAGCUAUCAAUUAUCCAUUGACACCAACGAGUCCACAGCCUUCAGUUGUAUCAGAAAGAGAAGAAUAUGAUUCGCUUCGACCAUUGCCACAUAGCAGUAGUAGCAUGCCUUCACGAUCGUCCUCAACAUCGUCAUCCAAUGCGCAUCACUAUCAACAAUCCUUUUGGAAUGCACCUCCAUUGCCGUCCAUGUCUUCUGUAAUGUCUUCGUCGACAGCCACCUCAUCGUUGGCUGAUAAUGUACGACAACCACCCAAUUACCCUGUGCGACAUGCAGGUACCAACAGCAUCUAUAGCGUUGGUAGUGAUGUAUCAUAUCCCACUCCACAAUCAUCCACUGAAGCAGCUCCUCAUCCUUCUUUGCCACAACACCCCAAUGGUCAACAAAAGCGAUCAUGGCAAAACUUACGUCAAAACCCCUCGGUCCAUUCAUCCUACUCUUCUCCUUCCACCACCACUACUGCUACAACUACAACUACUACAACGGGUGGUGGUGGUGGUGGUGGUGGUGGCCCUGUUUCCUCUGCCGCCACUUCAGUUUAUUCAGUACCAAUGACUCCUGUACGAUCGACCAUUUCCACGAAUGGCUAUACUGGUUCAUGCAUGAUUCAACAACGACGUGUUGACCCCCUCAUGUUUGGUGGAUCCGAUGGCCUUUGGGAUACCAUUUCCAAAAGCCAAGGAAGCGAUGCUACUGUUGAAAAGAUCAUUAGCAACUUUUUACGUCGUGGUGGAUCACCCAACACAGCUAAACAGUCUCCUACCUGCCACGAUGUCAAGUAUGGAUAUGGUAUGAUCCAUGCUCUUAUUGUCACCAAGGCCCCUGGAGCACUUGAUCUUCUCCUACAGCAAGGAGCCAACCCCAAUGCAUUAACAUUGAGUGAAGCGGAUGAGAACAAGGUCACACCAUGUUAUCUUGCUGCUCGUGUCGGUUGGCUUGCCGGUUUGCAAAAAGUGGUUCAAGCUGGUGGUGAUUUGAUCAAUGCAAGAGGUGAAGGACCCAAAAAGAAGACGGCUUUGCAUACAGCUGCCGAGCAUUGUCAUGCUGCUGUGGUUGAAUUCAUUGUCGGAUAUACACAAGGUGCAUUGAACCAUGAAGUGGAUGCUCAAGGAGCCACUGCUUUACAUUAUGCUUGUUUAUCGGGCCAUACUGAUCUUGUUGGCUUUUUGGUUCGAUCAUGUCGUAUUCCACCAACACAAGGCACCAACCGUGGAGAACAGCCGAUUCAUUGGGCUGCACGAGCAGGUCGUUUGGAAGUGGUGGCUCUCCUCAUUGAGCGGUUUAAUUGUGAUUACAAUGCCUAUGUAACCAAACGUGUGCCGAGUCCAUUGGAUAUAGCCAAAACAGGAGGUCACAAACGCUUGGUGGAUUACCUCAAAGGAUUGGGAGCAUUGUCAUCCAAAAAGUUGGACAAAAAACACAAGAAUGACAAAUCCAAGAAGGCUACCGUGGAGAAUGCCCUUGCACGGAACGGCCUGUUUGCGGAUGAUGAUGAUGACCCAAUCUAA